CUUCGGUCACACUGCGCCGAUUCGCGCACAUUGUUUUCAACAUUUGUAUUGCGACAAAAUGGACGAAAAGGUUCUGCCGAAGUUUGUAUUGCCGUCUCCACAGUUCGGCAAGCCCAAUGUAUCCAGCACGUCCAAUCACCUCUACCUUACCCCCAGUGGGAUGACCCUGCUGCCGCGCUCCAAGCAACCGCCGCCCAUGUACGGCGCACGAGGAUCAACAGUGCCAGCCAAAUAUCUGCACCAGGAACAAAGCAGCACAGUCAGCGUGCCAGCAUCCCCACCUAUUUACGACUCCCCUCCGCGACCGGAGUUUUGUCACACAUGUGGCAUGGAGCUUGCUAACUCCCAGGACAUGAAGCGCCACCUGGAGCAACACGAGUUCUGCCCUGCGGAUGACUGCGACUUUGCUGCGCUCCACAACAUUCUGGAACGUCACAUAGAAGCCAAACACAUCACGGGAACCUACGUCAAGGUGAAGAAAGUUUGGACCGAGGAAGAAUUGGCCGCUUGGAAGGCAGAGCGAAGGAAAAAAUUUCCCACUGCGGCGAAUGUUGAGAUGGCUAGAUUGGCCAAGGAACAGCGGAUUAAACGCGGGGAGCGCCUUGAGGCUUCCAAGUCCCGCUUCGGUAACCGGGAAGAUCGCCAAAGGACGCGACACCAAGCAGAUCACAAAGAACGUUUCGAUCAAAAAAACAAGAAAAAGAGAGGUGCCAAAGGCAAAGCCAACGAAAAGAAAAAAUGCGUAGGAAGUGCAAACAAAUCUAAUGAUAAAGCAAACGAAGCUUCAAAGCAGAAAGAAACCGAUGAAGAUAAAAAAGAUGAGGAAGUAUCCUUAUUGGGAAACGCAAAAUUUUGUGGAACUGGACAAAUGCCGGACUACCAGCACUUAAAGGGAAAAGUUCGAAAGCAGGAUAAUGCUUUGUCUAGCUUUCUUGGAAUGUAUGGUUCAGAUAGUGACGAAGGAAGUGAAACAGAGAGUGAAGACCAGGAUACAGGAGACUGCAGUAAGGAAGUUACAGCACAAGUAGACAACUCCAUAAGUAUGCCAACUGAAACCACAGAAGAGGCUCCAGUCAUUGAUGACGCAAGUGCUGAGGCUUCAAAUACACCUAUCUCAGUAGAGAAUCCUCAACUCUGUGAAGACGAACCACCAACACCAACGUUGGAAAUGACAUCUUCAGAAGAAGUGGCGCCAGAAGCAAAAAGCAUUACACGAAUAAUUCCAUCUACCCCGGAGCCUGCCAAGGAAGGCGGCUCCUCUGACGAAGCACCAGACGAAGAGCCGUUCCAGCGAGUAACCGAAACUAUAACAGAGUCAAUUACAGCCAAAACCGAACCAGUGGAGCCCAAGCCACAAUCUGCACCCAAAAGAGCUGCUCCAAAGCGAAUUUAUGGCUUGAACUUCAAGCGAGCUCGCAAACAAACCCCGAACACCAUGUUGUCGAAACUAUUGGAAUCGGAUAUACGUCAUGAACGAAAUGUGCUGCUGCAGUGCGUGCGAUACGUUUGCGAGAAGAAUUUCUUUGGCAUUGGUCAGUCUAAAUCAAAUCAAGAACCUUUGGAUACCACUUGUGAUAAAUCCGUUGAUUUAACACCGGAUGCUUUAUAACUUUACCUCUUAAGAUAGGCAAAUAAAGUACAAAUAGUAGUA